AUGAUCUCUGUUGUGGCCUACUCUCUCAUUGAGGAGUGUCCCCAUGACUUGGGCUUCUUUGUCCGUUUACGAGGAUGGUCAGAGUUGGCUCUGAUGAUUCUUAUUUUCGUUUCGACCAUCUUCUAUUCGCUGGAAUUAGGUAUCGCCCUUGGGAUGGGAUUGUCGGUCCUCAUUCUUAUUCGGCACUCGACAAAGCCUCGGAUCCAAAUUCUCGGCAAGGUGGAGGGGAGUGACCGAUUCGACAACGCCGAGCUUCACGCAGAGAAUGUUGAGCUGGUUGAAGGGGCUUUGAUUGUCAAAAUCCCUGAACCUCUGACAUUCGCAAAUACCGGAGACCUCAAGAACCGACUACGUCGACUUGAAAUGUACGGCACCAAUCGUGCCCAUCCUUCAAUGCCACGGAGUCGUCCUGCAGAGCACAAUCAAAACGUGAUCUUUGAUGUUCACGGUGUCACUAGUAUCGACGGCUCUGGAACGCAAGUCCUGUACGAGAUCGUGGAUAACUAUGUGCAGGCUGGGGCAAGGGUAUACUUCUGUCGCGUCCCCAACCGCAAUGUUUACCGCAUGUUCGAGCGGAGCGGUAUCAUUGAGCGAUGCGGAGGGAUGUCCCAUGUGGCCGGACAUGUUGAUGAAGCGCUCAAAUUGGCUGAGACGGAGAGCCGAACACAGAGUAUCCUGAGUGCAUAA